AUGGAGCUGUCGCGGCUGCAUUCACCUCAUGUGGCUGCGGCUGAAAGAAAGUGGGAUUCCGCAACGCCGAAUUCCAGCUACUCUUCACCGGGGCAUAGAACGAUUGGUUGCAGCGCUUCUUGGCCCAGGCUUACAGCAAUCGAAUAUUUCAUGACCGAUGGCAUUGUUGCGGGAAAGAGGCUUAAGUACAAGCUAACACUUGUAGGUUUACCGCCAUUCGUUGGCCUGGGAAUGCGCUGUACCACAGGUGGUCGAUGCUGCGCUCCAUGCGAUGCCAUCAUUUUAGAUCUUGGCCUGACACUCAACAUGCAUUUGGAAGUGUGGACGUUUGAUUAUUGGAUCAAUAUCCAACAAGACCUGAAGUUUCUGGAACGAAACAUUGAUAAAUCCUUGUCAUGUUGGAAACCGCCGUCGUGA